UGUUUUGGCGAGGUCUUUCAAAACUAGGAGAAAUUUAGCUACAUGUCUUGGUAGUAGACUGCAGAUUUCAUUCAUCAAACAAACUCCUUUAGGUUUUAACUAAACCGCUUUUGGAACCUCAAAACAACAAGUGCGUGGCGAUCGAGUAUAAGGAAGAAUAAAACAAUUAAAAAAUAAAUAAAACAAGUUUGAAAACAUUACAGAGUGGAGUAAAACUUGAAGAAUCAUGGCCACCGCAACUCCAAGCCGCGCCGCGCCUGCUGGAACCCCGCUCUCCCCGACGAGGAUAUCGCGCCUCCAGGAAAAACAAGACCUGCAACAUUUGAACGACAGGCUUGCCGUUUACAUCGACCGAGUCCGGUCACUAGAGCUUGAAAAUGACCGGCUCAUGGUCAAGGUCUCCGAAAAGGAAGAAGUCACUACACGAGAGGUGACUGGGAUUAAGACCCUGUACGAGGCAGAGCUAGCGGAUGCACGGCGUGUCUUGGAUGAGACGGCCAGGGAGAGGGCCAGGCUUCAGAUAGACCUGGGCAAGGCCAACUCUGACGUGGAGGAGGUGACCAGGAAUCUGAAAAAGAAAGAUGGCGACCUGACUCUUGCCAUGGCUCGGGCCAAGGACCUUGAGGCCCAGUUCAACAAGAGUGAAGCAAACCUGGCCACGGCCCUCAGUGAGAAUGGAAACCUGGCUGCGGAGGUUGCCGACCUGAAGGCCCAGUUAGCCAAGGCUGAAGAUGCCCAUUCUGUAGCUAAGAAGCAGCUGGAGACCGAGACUCUGAUGAGAGUGGAUCUGGAGAACCGCUGCCAGAGCCUGACGGAAGAGCUGCAGUUCAGGAAGAGCAUGUUCGACGAGGAGGUACGUGAGACUCGUCGACGUCGCGAGAAGCGUACCGUGGAGGUGGACAGUGGGGUGACCCAGGACUACACGUUCCAACUGGCUCAGGCUCUGCAGGACCUGCGCAGGCAGCAUGAGGAACAAGUCUCCAUCUACAAGGAGGAGCUGGGCAACACCUUCCAGGCCAAGCUGGAUAAUGCAAAGGUGUCGUCUGAGAUGAAUGACAAGGCGGUGAGCACAGCUCGGGAGGAACUGCAGGAGGCUCAUAUGAGGAUCGAGAGCCUGGCCUACCAGCUCUCUGCCCUGCAGAAACAGGCCUCUGCCAAUGAGGAGCGUGUGCGUGAGCUUGAGAACCUGGUGGCUGGAGAGCGGGACAAGCACCGCAUGCAGAUGGACCUGAAGGAGAGGGAGAUGGCUGAGAUGAGGGAGCGUAUGCAGCAGCAGCUGAACGAGUACCAGGAGCUGCUGGACGUCAAACUGGCCCUGGACAUGGAGAUUAACGCGUACAGGAAACUGCUGGAGGGAGAGGAAGACAGACUGAAGCUGUCCCCCAGCCCGUCCGGCCGUGUGACAGUGUCCCGCGCCAUGGGCACAGGCUCUUCCCGCUCCUCCUGGGCCAAGAGGAAGCGCGUGGAGUUGCAGGAAGAGUCAGUGGUCGUGCCUCAGGUUCACAUCAACCAGGAGGCAGAGGCCAUCGGCAGCAUCACCAUUGAGGAGACUGACCUGGAGGGGAAGUGUGUCACCCUCAAGAACGACUCAGACAAGGACCAGUCUCUAGGUAGCUGGAGGCUGCAGAGGCAGAUUGGAGAAGGAGAGGAGAUCACCUACAAGUUCUCCCCGAAGUUUGUCCUCAAGGCUGGCAAGACUGUCACGGUGUGGAGCUCAGACGCAGGUGUGUCUCACAGCCCUCCCUCUGACCUGCUGUGGAAGAGCCAGGCCUCCUGGGGCACCGGGGAUGACAUCACCACCACCCUUGUGAACUCUGACGGAGAGGAAGUGGCUAAGAGAACCGUCACCAAGACGUUGAUGGAGGUGGAGAACGGAGAUGAUGAUGACGACGACUUCGAGGAGGAGGAACUGAGAGGAGAAAAGGCCUCUUCCAGGGAAUGUUCAAUCAUGUGAAGAAGUUCCCAUAGUUUGUUCUCCUACAAAAUCUGCUUCUUUUUCUAGAGCCACUCAAAUCUUUUUGUAUAAUUCUGUCUUGUGUUCUUAAUAUUUUUUUAAUCUUAUAAGACAAUUUAAGAGCCUGCCCAUAUUUUCAAGACCCCGUUUUUAACAUCCAAGUAAUCAUGACGAAAUAAAACAAUUUUUGCCUCGA